AUGGCGACGUACAGGUCACCCUUGGUUCUGGGCUACGCCGGAAGCGCAGCCACCGCGAUUUCUCCCAUCGCUGAAAGCAAGCUGGAUGAUGGCGGCUGUGCUUUCAGCGGACCCCUGGAACACUACAACAGUCUCAUCCAAGACGGGACACUGCGGGAAGACCUGCAUCAGAAAGCAGUGCUCCAGCGCUUGGAUCAGAUGCAGAAAGACAUGAACGCUUACGCCAACAGACCCACGUCUUUGCUGUCAAAGUUUUUCUCCAAACCCAAGCCCCCAAAAGGCUUCUAUAUCUAUGGAGACGUUGAGACUGACAGGAAGAAGAGGGUCCACUUUCACGGGUUCAUGUUAGAUGUACACAAAAGAAUACACCGCCUUAAACAAAGCCUGCCGAAGCGGAGGGCGGGCAAGAUGGCCAAAUCCUACGACCCGAUUGCGCCCGUCGCCGUGGAGAUCAGCGAGGAGACCUGCCUCCUGUGCUUUGAUGAGUUUCAGGUCACAGACAUCGCCGAUGCCAUGAUCCUGAAGCAGCUCUUCGAGAACCUCUUCCUCAACGGGGUGGUGAUGGUGGCCACAUCCAACCGGCCGCCAGAAGAUCUCUACAAAAAUGGGUUGCAGAGGUCUAACUUCGUGCCGUUCAUUGCCGUGCUGAAGGAAUAUUGCGAAACUCUGCAGCUGGACUCUGGCAUCGAUUACCGCAAGAGAGACCUGCCCUCGGCUGGAAAACUCUACUACCUCACUAGUGAAGAGAACGUGGAGGCCGUGCUGGAUAAGAUGUUUGACGAGCUGGCACUCAAGCAGAAUGACAUCACCCGGCCCAGGAUCCUGAAGGUGCAGGGCAGAAAGCUGAUCCUGAGCAAAGCCUGCGGGACCAUCGCGGACUGCACCUUCGAGGAGCUGUGUGACCGGCCGCUGGGCGCCAGCGAUUACCUGGAGAUCUCGCGGCUGUUCGACACAGUUUUCAUCCGGCACAUUCCGCUGCUGACGCUCGCCAAGAAGACGCAGGCCCGGCGCUUCAUCACCCUCAUCGACGCCCUCUACGACCACAAGGUGCGAGUGGUGAUUCUGGCCGAGACGCCGCUGGAGAGCAUCUUUGUCCAGGACGAGCACGGCCAUGACGACGAGCAUCACCGGAUCCUCAUGGAUGACCUGGGUCUAAAACGGGAUUCAGCCAGUGAGCUGGCCAUCUUCAGUGGGGAGGAGGAGGUGUUCGCCUUCCAGAGGACGGUGUCCCGCCUGUCGGAGAUGCAGACGGAAAAGUACUGGACAGAAGGGGACAGGAGCGCCUCAUGACCCGGCAACCACCGCCGCCCGCCACGCCUCCGAACCAGCUCCAGGAAACUAAGCGCAGUGGGACACAGUGUUUAAUCAAUGCACAAUAUUUAUUAUUAAUAUUAUUAUUUUUAUGGGAUCUUUGCUCUGGCACUUUAUGGACUUACAGGGCCUUUUUAAAGUACCACGCUCAUUGCCACAUCUCUCUGAGUCCCGGAGUUUUAACAUGGGAAACUGUGGUGUGAGGUGGGGUUUAGUGUUCAUAUUGUAACUGAGAGAAACAUGCUCUAUUUUUAUAAUGGCUCUCGAGGGAUGGUGCUUGAAAUGUUGCCUGAACACCAGAUUUUGGGUGGUGUAACGGUAAGGUGUUUUUUUGUUCGUGUGUGUGUUUGUCAGUGCAGAUGUUGGAGAACUAGAGUUCCUGCUCUUUUAACUCGUAUAUGACACUCAACUCCACAGCCCUCUGGUAAAUGACUCUAAAUCCAUAAUGACUCUCUGGAUAUCAAGUAAUGGGAACUGGCACACAGAAAAGAUUGAUUAAAAAUAUAAAUAUAGGGUGCCUAAAAUGUUAAAUUGCUUUAGAAAUUUAUGGUAGGCAUCAUCUGGACUCGGGACCCACUGGGGAUCCACACUCAGUUGCUGGAGAGCAGAGUAUCAGUAUCCGGCCAGUAGUAUCAGGACCAACUCAUUAAUUAGCAAUGUACCAUAGUGCAGCACAGUAGAACAUUUCUUGGCAUGGGACAUCGAUACAGUGUUCUGGUGCGAUUUAUUAUUUGGAACAAUGUGGUAAAUGUCAAACAGAUUUACUGUAUGUACUAAUUAUAUAAUUUAGAGCAGAAAUGGGGGCAAAAACUUCCCCAGCGUCAGCCCUCUAGCAGCUGAGUUUGACGCCCACAGUUUAAUUAAUGAGGGUCCAAAACACAAUCUGGUCGUGUUGAACAUUUGGCCAUAAUGCAGUAUUGCCUCUUUGUACAGAUUUGCUUGUAUGUUGCUGCAUAGAAAUGCUUUAAAAAUGAUGAAUUCAUCUCAGAUUGAAGGUUUGUCAGAUACAGUACAAAAUACUGGUAUUUUAAAGUACUGUGCUCUGUACAGUUCUGUAAAAUUGUGACAAUUUUAUGUUGCACAUCA